AUGGAACGACCUAUUGGGAUGGGUGGUCACUUCACCAAUGUAUUCAAAGACGACAAAUUUCUACAAUGGCGCCUGGUGCCUUUCAUCUUGGUCUGGGUGGCCUUUGCAGUCUUGUUGCUGAUAUGGAUCUUCAUUACCUUCAUCGUCCCUCAUCCACGAAAACCCCGCCCGUCCGAGAAGACAUUCACAACCGUUGACAAGACGGGCGAUGUGACAGAUCCAGAACCGUUGCCGUGUUGGUACGAUGCAGCCCUACAAAAGUAUGUCAAGGCGAAGCAAGAAAACCCAGACACAGAACUCGACGUGGAGAAGGAGAUUGAACCCGCGGAAUUGUUUGUGACCCUGGUCAUUCCAGCGUUCAACGAGGAGGAUAGACUGACGGGGAUGUUGGAGGAGGCCGUGAACUUUCUCGAGACAGAGUAUGGGACGUCUUCCACCACGUCCAGGGUGGACAAAGAAGCAGGACAAACACAGGCCAAUGGUCCGCGGCGCAGGAAAGCGAACGGCGGUGCUUCGCAAUCCAAACAACAAGAGCCCCUUCGUGGCUGGGAAAUCAUCCUGGUCGACGACGGCUCGACGGACGACACGCUCCUCAUCGUCCAGACCUUCUCUCGCAAACACAUCCUCCAUCCUCACCCCCGCCGUGACUCGGGCCCCUGGACCCAUCGGUCUCCAAUGGGUGUGAAAAUCCCUCAGGGAUCCAUCCGCAUGGUCUCGCUGGAAGAAAACCGCGGCAAGGGCGGCGCCGUGACGCACGGCAUGCGCCACGCCCGCGGGCGAUACGUCGUUUUCGCGGACGCGGACGGGGCAUCCAAGUUCUCCGACCUCGAGAAGUUGGUGAGGGCAUGUCAAGAGGUCGAGGACGCCGAGGGCAGGGGCAUCGCGGUCGGGUCGCGGGCGCACCUGGUCGACUCGGAAGUGGUGGUCAAGCGGUCGAAAGUGCGGAACUUCCUCAUGCGCUGCUUCCACAUGUUGCUCUGGCUCAUGACACCGCCAGCCACGGCGCGGAUCAAGGACACACAGUGCGGCUUCAAGCUGUUUUCGCGCCCGACGCUCCCGUACAUCGUCCCGCACAUGCACAUGGAAGGGUGGAUCUUCGACGUCGAGAUGCUCAUGCUGGCCGAGUUCGCAGACAUCCCCGUCGCCGAGGUCGCGGUGGGUUGGAGAGAGGUGACGGGCAGCAAGUUGAAUCUGGUCAGGGACUCCCUGGGCAUGGCGUGGGGUCUGGCCAUCUUGAGGUUUUGCUGGGCCACCGGCAUCUUUAGGCGGUGA